AUGUCUAACUCCGCUCGCAAGCGCGGUGCUGGCCGUGCGACUAGAGGUCAACAGCCAGCAGAGACCGCUUCUCGUCGUGGAGAUCGUCAACAGGCCGGUGGCUUUGAUGGCCCUGCUUCUCGAGGCAGUGGUUCGCAGUCCGGACCUGGCACUGCCGGUCGUGGUGCUGGUUCCACAGCUCCCUCAGCUGAGUCUGCUACCGGUAGUCCCGGUGCUCCAGCUGGAGGCUUCGAAGCACAAGCGCCAACCAGCAGUAGCCAUCGCAGUAGUCAGUCUGGUGGCCCUGAACAAACUCAACCUCAAGCAGCAGCUCCUCUAGGAGACCCAGCUCGCGAUCGUCCGCCACGAUUCACCGAUCAGAUGCGGAAUGUCGACUUGCCUCCUUCAUUCUACAACAUUGAUCAACUGGUGAGUCAUUCUCCUUCAAUUCUCUGCUGCACCAUUCGUGUCUGUCACCCCGGUUUACAAUGA